ACACGAAAUUCCUGCACCCUGGCAGAUGUUGAUUUUUAAAAAUUUAUAGUACACAUAUACCUAGUAAUUAGUAGUACAUGCAUAAUUACUUUUAAUGGCACUACUAUUAUUAUUAUUGUUGUUGUUGUUGUUGUCACUGUUUGCUUUACUUCUACCGUGCAGAUUCGUUAUUUUAAACCGGGGAUAUUCGCUGUAAUUGUAGGCUACGAACAAUUUUCAAUAUGCCCGACACCCAGCCGUUGUAAUAGCACAAAACCUGCGUUUCCAAUAGCAUAAAUUAGUGAUAUAUCCUGCUUAAAUAAUUCGUGCGUGCAUACCGCCGCCUGCUGGGGUACUUUAAUAAUGGCAUGCCUGUCAAACUAUAACAGAAAAUAAAGUGAAUAAUUACUCCAUCCAGAGGCCCGAAACUGUAUUGCAUAGUUUGUGCAAUUGCAGUCGUAGUUGUUGAAAUGAAGUGAACAAUUUAGGAGACAUUGGGUAGCAUUACUUUGGAAUACAUCUUCUUUAAUUUCUGUGAGGCAAGAUAGUCUAUAUUGUUUGUAGUACAGUAACUUGGCGUCAUUUUGAUAUCAAUACUUUUAAUGGCAGGCAUAGAUUCUGCUUAAACCUUUUAAACCUGUAUAACAUCGUUCUUGGGUGCAAAAAUGUGGAAUUAAACGUCACGUUGCUAGGCUAAGUAGCCUACUGGCUAACCACAUAACUGUCAGAAUCGGAUUCUGUUGCUGCAUUUCAACCUCCUGUGGAGUAGAUGGCAGCAGUGUGAAGACCAUGCGUUAUAUCGCUAAUGCACGGGAACGAAAAAAUGAAGAAUGCAUCGUCCAAUCGAAAAAGACAGCACUCUGUUGACCUCUUUGAAACAAAAGCCGCCAUUAGAACAGAAUAGUAUAGUUCAAACUUUAUAAAUUCAAAUGUUGAUUUAGUUGUGGCAUAUUGACGAAUUAUGACAUCGUAAGCUAAAUGGAAAGUCAGAAUCAAACAUUUUCAGAUCACUCUCAGUGGCCCAUGUUACAUCUGAAGCGGAAGAAUAACGCAAGCGGUCAAUCUACUCCUGAAAACGAUGAUGGAAAACGAGUACGAAUGCGAUACAGCAAAGAGGAAGAAGAAAAACUGAUUAAAGAGGUGAUAAAAAGAUGGGAUCAGCUUUAUGGCACGAAAAGUCGCUUCCUCCCGUGGGGACGGAAGACCAGCACGUGGAGCGAAAUCGCGGCACAGCUGGGGGAGACCUCGAAAGGAGCCAGAGCUGGCGAGGACGUGCGGAAGAAGUGGCUCUAUAUGAAGCGGGUCUUCUUGGAGAAAGUCGAAGCUCAGAGGUCCUCUCACUCUGACUCUGGACCGCAGCUCACGCCGCUGGAGCAGAAGCUGCUGUCUCUGCUCAGGCAACCCCCCGCGCAGCCCUGCAAUGUGCCUGAUAUCGGUGCCCCCAGAAUGGACAUGAGCCAGUCAGAGACGGACGUCUUCAGUUCUCCUGGCCGCCAUUCCGUGGGAUUUUUUUCUGGUUACCCGGGAGAUACAGACAUCUCCAGUUCCCGUAAGAUGGCGAGAAGCUAUUCCGGUUUCCCCCUGGCCGCUGAUGAGAUGUCCUGCGCCGCCCUGCUGGAAAACCAGGUGGGGGACCCUGAGGUUUCCGCCGGCGACAGAAGAGAGGACGACCCGGACGACGAGCGCUCGGGUCAGGCCGCCACGCCCGCGUCCCGGAACCUGGGCCGCCAGCACGCCGACGACGGCGCUCCCGCCAUGGCCGCCAUCGUCAACAGGCAGCGGCUGUGCGUGUCCCUGCAGGCGGAGGCCGUCAAGGUGCUGAGGCGGCUGGUGGGGGACGUGCACCGCUACGUCGAGCACGUGACCGAGCCCGGCGCGAAUCCGAGCGCGCCCGCCUCUGCGUCGCCUGGCAACGACGCUCCCCCCCGCCCCCCGGACUCCCCCGCCUCGGGCGCGGCCUCCGUCCCGGUCCAGCUGGCCCUGCUGCACGACGACGUCCUGCGCGAGCGCUUCCGUUUCGACCGCAGCACCAUCGCCUACCUGUGCGCGGUCCUCAAGCCGCACAUAUCCAACAAGUGGAUGCGGGCGGAGGCGACGGUCUGCACCGCCCUGGCGUUCUACGCCACCGGCGCCUUCCGGUCCCCGACGGGGGACUCCUUCGCCGUGGACCAGGCGGUGGCGAGGAGCAUCGUGGAGCUCGUGUCGGACGCGCUGGUGGCCGUCUCCGACCGCUUCAUUAGGUUCCCCGCCUCCGCCGCGCAGAAGCGGGUGCAGCAGGACUUCCUGGCCUUCGCCGGGUUUCCGGGCGUGGUCGGGGCGCUCGGCUGCACCCACGUGGCCAUCAGGCGCCCGGAGGUGAACCCCAACCUCUACGCCAACCGCAGGCAGUUCUACUCCAUGAACCUGCAGAUCACCGCCACGGCCGACUGCAGGAUCAGCAGUGCCGUGGCCCGCUUCCCCGGGUCCUUCAGCUGCUCCCACGUCCUGCAGCACAGCCCGCUGGAGGCCUUCUGCAGCAGGGGCCACCUCGGCCAGGGACACCUCAUCGCUCACUCCGGCUACCCCCUGAACCAGUGGCUGCUGCCCCCCCUCCCGAACGCGCACACCAAGGCGGACGUGCGCUACAACGAGGCGCUGCGGCGGACCCACGCGGUGGCGGGCAGGACCGUCCGGCUCCUGAAGGCGCGCUUCCCCUGCCUGGACCGCUCCGUGCUGCCCCUGCAGCACUCGCCCAGAAGCAGCGCCCGCAUCAUCCUGGCGUGCUGCGUGCUGCACAACGUGGCCGUCACGCGCGACGUGAAGCUGCCGGGGCGGGGCUCCGGGGCGCUGGCCGACCUCCCCGCCGCGCUGGAGGACUACAACUGCGAGAGCGACGAGGAGGAGGAGGAGGAGGAGGCGCUGUCCGACAGCGAGGAGAUCGUGCAGCUCAGAGUCACGGCGGGCCAGGAGAAACAGGCCCUCACCAUCCAGCAGUUUUUCACAUGAGCUCGAAAAACAUACGCCGAUCAGCCACGACGUUAAAACCACCUGCCUAAUAUUGUGUAGGGCCCCCUCGUGCCGCCAAAAACAGCUCUGACCCGUCGAGGCAUGGACUCCACCUCUGAAGGUGUCCUCUUGGAUAUUUGGAUUUCUGUAUAUAUUGGUAUCUACUGUAUAUUUGUAUCUGAUAUUUUGUAUCUACUGUAAAUUUGUAUCUGAUUGUGUUACUUUGUUGUCUUUGAUGCUGCAACAGUGCAAAUUCCCCCCGAGGAUCAAUAAAGUACACUACAACUACUACUACUACUACAUACAUUUUUAAUGGUUUUUAUUACAUAAAAAAUUUGAAAUGGCUUACAUUAUUGGGAGUUAUUACACUAUUGGUAGUUAUUACAUUAUUAGGUGCUACAGGGCUAUAAAAAGCUAAGAUAUUGUUUGAGGGUGAAUUAUUUCCACAUGAUUUAAAAAACUCGAUGGGUCAGAGCUAUUUUGGUGGCACGAGGGGGACCUAGACAAUAUUGGGCAGGUGGCUUUAAUGUUGUGGCUGAUCGGUGUAUUCCAUAUUUGUACAUUUUCAUGUGUACAGCUGACCUGUAGGCAACUGAGAGCAGAUUGAUCUAAAGCACUUAAUAAAUGUGUUUUUAAUGGGACACAGACCUCACAAGACUUUUCCCAUUCACUGGGAAUAGCUAAAGGAGUGCAAGUCAUUGAAAUGAUAAUGCAUUUUAAGGAAAGUAAGUCUAACUUAAUUGUUAAUUACAGGCUACCUUGUAGAUAGCCGUGUCAUUUUUAGAAUAUUGCAUGUAAUGAGCAUACUUACAAACAUACUCUUAUAACAGUAUUAAAAGUAUUAUAAUUGAGUAAGACUAUGAAAAGCCUAUAUAAUUAGGAACUUGGAGGGGAACUCUCCAAGCCUGUGUCUUCCCCCAACCCCCCAUUUCCAUGGGUUCUGCCAUUAAUAUUUUAUGAUUAUAUGCUUUGCUAUGUACAUAUUUUUACAUGUAAUAUAUUUCCAUUCACAGUUUUUACCUUUUACAGAUUUUUAUGUUAGGUUUUUUUUUCUAGAUUGUCUAACCUGAUACUGCAGAAGUAAAUGAUAAUUUAAACAGUGGUUCCACAAGCUUUAAUAUAUUAUCUUAGGUGCCCACCUACGAAAAUAGGAUUUUUUUGUUUGCAGUUUUCUUCAGAAAACAGAAACUACCUGAAAUAGUUUACUGAAACUUUGUAUCAAAUCCUUGUACAGCUGUCUUAUAUAUGUCUAUGUAUUACACAUCAUAACCCCAUUGCUCCUACCAAAAAUGCCAAGUAUAUAAAAUCUAGUACAGUGGUGCUUUUAUCAAAAUAUCUUUAUAGAGUCACAUGUAUUCUACUGUAAACUGUAAAACAAACUUCUAUGGAAAUUUGUUUGCAUUUUGUGUUUCAUAAAAAGAAAAAAGUCAUUUUUAGUCAGAGUGCAAAUAUUUCUUAAUGAAAGUAGUAUAUACUGGUAUGAUUAAGCAAAACUAGAUUUUCAAUAAAAACGAAUUCCUGCUAAUAAAUUAAGCACAGCUCAUAAUUAAGUUACAUGUACAAGGAAACCAUUAAUGUUGCAGGUUUUAAGGUUGAUGUAACAAAUCAGAUACUAUAUAGGUAGUUUGCUGGGAAGUUCAUUUCAGUGACAUUUCUAAGUAUUAGGCUACAUCUGUCUGCCUUAUUCUUGAGGUGUUAAAUGUAUAAAUAAUCCCGAGCACAGUGACUGGAUGUGUUCAGGUCAAUGUUAUGAGGUAAACCCUCUGUGAAAUCAUUAGUGCAGCUGCUUAAUGGAUCAUGCACCUGCCUGUAGACAACCUAGUGAUAUUGUUCAGAUUUCCUUCUGUUUACCACUUAUGAGAAGUAUGAUUUGUAUGGUUAUCAAAAGUUUACUGGCAGGGUUGUAGCGGGGCUAUGCGAUAUACAUUUAAAUGCAAGGUUUUGGGAAAGUGACACGAUGUCUGUUAUUUUGGCUCUGUACUCCGGCGCAUUGGAUUUUAAAUAAAACAAGGAACAUGAGGUCCAAGUGCUGACUGUCCGCCACUUCAAGGGAGCAAAAGUAAUUUGUCAAAUGAACAUAAUCUGAAAUAAAGUCAUCAUAUUUAGUA